UUCACCACAUCACCCCCACCUUCGUCACCAAAGACCAUGUGCCAGGUACCUUGCGCCAGGCCCCCGCCCCACCCGAAGCAGCAGCAGACGAGAGUGCCGAUCACGAUGGCCGCGGCGAGGCAGUGCGUGAGCAAGCCCAUCAACAUCGCCAUCGGAGCGGGAGCAGGGUGCCAAAAGAUCGCCGAGGAGCAAGCAACGGGGCGGACCUCUUCUACAACGACGACCGGGACAGGGCAGCAGCAUGCGACUUCCAAGGCCGCGCCAAGCAAGGUCGUCCGGCGCGCGCACUGCCGGCGGAUCGCCCCCGAAAACCAGUACCACCCGCACGUCUGCAACAACUGUGGGCAGACUUUCAUCCCCCAGGGGCCCGGCAGGGACUUUUGCGGGGGCGAGUGUCGACACAGCUUCGCGUGGAUGAGGCACAUGGAGAAGAGAAGAUUUGCACAGCAGCAGCUCCGGAGGCAACAGCAGCAGCAGCAACAACAUCAACAACAACAACAACAACAACAACAACAGCAACGCUGACGGCGGAAAUCUUCUUCGCCUUGUGGCGCGAGGUAGCAGGUUUUGUGUUUCAUGGCUUGACGUGGAGUUGCUUGCCUUGCUCCAUUCCUCUCUCUCUUUCCCCGAAGUUCGACUCGGGUUGGCCGCCGCUUUCCGAUCAUGAAAGAGAAAAAAGUGUUGAGACAUGAUGGGUGUACGUGGUAGGUUGGUUGAGUGUCUUCCAGUAAGCAUGAUGUGUUACCGUUAUUUUUCCAAGGCCAACGACAGAACGCCAUCCCCUUUCCCCGCGCGUUGUUCCGGGGAUGUUUGUUGGCGACGCGGGGGCAGUAGGAAGCCUCGCCGCGCUUGACUGCUGUGUUGUUUGGCGCAAUAAAAAGUUGGGCCGGGGGGGGGUGGCGCUGGUGUCAUGUCGAGAUUUCGGUCCUAUUCUCGCAUGUAUUUUGGGGUUGGUGCAGUUGACGUUCGUUGCAGCCGGAUACAUUUCGUUUCAUACAAAAACGCAUGCGCACGUUGUGGAGCUUGGUUUUCCCUCCGGCUCCUUGUGGGGCUGCUACUGCCGCGUGUGGAUCCCGCGCUGUUGUUGUUGUUGCCCGAUCGUACCCAUCCGUGUCACGUAUGCAUCGCGUGGUAUAUUGCGCGAUCUGUGCUGUUGUUGUCUAUUCCUUGCGUUGUUCUUUGUUGUCCCUUAAUAAAUUGGGUUGUUGUGUCGCAUACGUCGACAGCAGUGAUAUUAUGCGAGUUCCGUUGUGUGCUAUUUGCCAGGACUCUCUCCCCAGAUGAUGAUGCAUACGUGUGCAUAUCACUCCAUCAUGCUCUCGUUGGCAGUGUAGUUUUAUCGUGGUAGUCUUGUGCAUAGCAUACGAUGCCACCGUCGUUCGUCGUUGUUGCAGUUAUGGUCGGUGUUAAAACGAAAGUCUGUACGUAGCGACACGCAGCCCGCGUUUUCUCGAGUUAUUGUUGUCCAUAAUAACCCCGGGCGAAGCAGUACAUACAAAACAUCUGUGUGGCGAGUUUUUCACACCUCCGCUGCACUAUGUAUCUACACAAACACCGAUAAUUUUCAUCUCUUCGCCCCCCCCCCCCCCCCCCCCCCCCCCCCCCCCCCCCCCCCCCCCCCCCCCCCCCCCCCCCCCCCCCCCCCCCCCCCCCCCCCCCCCCCCCCCCCCCCNCUGCCCCAGUAAGAGUGAUAUGGGCGUGAAUGGAGGAUAAAUGCUGCCCUUGCAAGUUUUUCAUAUGUUUGUGUAGAAAGACUACCCGUUCGAGAUGUAGUCUACCCACAUUCGAACGGGAUGUGGUGGGAGUCUUUUCAGUGAGAAUAGCAAAUCUGGAUAAUACCUAAACAGUUGUUUGUUCCUGUUUUUUACCGCGCCUGGAGCCGCGAGAUUAGAUUGGGCUAGCUAGGUGGAUUAAUUUUCGUGCUUUUUCUGUAUACACUCAACAAGACAAGUGCAGUUACUGCUGCUUGCUGUGGUUGGUUCCCUAUAGUGGGAGGUGCACGGGCGUACUGGUAAGCAAGUCCUUGUUUUUUCAGUUUUCUUGUCAUCUUCCUCUUUAGUAUGGUGAUCGAUUCUUGUCUAUGCAUACCUUGUUUUUCUCGUUCGUCUCUUGGUGCAUGGCUGUUGGCGGUGAUUUGUUGCGGUCGUUGUUCUUUGUCCGUACACGUUUCACGAGUAGAUUUCCAUCUAUUUCCAGUAGGCGUGCGUUGUUGUUCGUGUUUUUUUGCAACCAACCUCCACAAGUAGUGGGUGGGUGUUGCUGCCUGCGGUGAGAUCAUUUCGCGACAGCGUUGUUUUCUGUUCUCUUUGCCGUAUGAUGCGCAGAUUAUAUGACGUUGGUUAUGCUCCGUUUGACGAUCUCCCACCGUAAUGUUGCCGGUCGUUCGGAUUGGUCUGUUUGUCUUCUCCUUUAGCAGCGUGGUUUCCUCGUCCUUGUUUUUGUUCAAAUUGUUGGUGUCUGAUUGGUGCUUUGAGACGUUGGGGGGGGNGGGGGGGGGGGGGGGGGGGGGGGGGGGGGGGGGGGGGGGGUCAGAGUACGUCAUUUGUCUUGCCCGAUAUGACAUGACGUGUUCCAGAGGGAGGGGGGGGAUCGGCACACUAAUAGCGAUACGCACCCCAAGGAGUGUUUUUCACGAGUGAGUGUGUUCCUGGAGUUGAGUGUGUCCCGUAGGGGUGUACGUUAGGCGUACUUUUUCUUGGUAUGCUAUCAUAUGUACGAUAUAUAUAAAUGUGUUUUGCCGACAGUCGGUGCAAGUGGAUGACACCCAGCUGACAGAAUUUUAAGUGAUGAUGUAGCUGAUGGUCUCGAAACAGGUCAGUGUUUUAGGAAACGAGGCAAGGCUCCACGUGUGAGAUGAAGGAAUUAAAAUUUCGACCGUGAGAGUUGGUGUGCGGUGCUUUUAACGUCCUCAAGUGUGCUGUCAGCAUCGUAGCAGAGAAGGAUCCUGUGGUGGUACCCACCAUCGCCCGGUGACGGGGGGUGGUUUUGUGGGUGAAAGGAGAAUUAAUGAAAGAUG